AUGAAAGAUAUUGGGUGUGGGAUAAUUCAGGAGUGUAAGAAGAGGUGGGAGCUUUCAGAAUGUGAAGCUGAAAGGGAACAGAGAAGCGGUACCAGCCCCGCCUUAACGCCUGAUUUUAGUGGAGAUAUCGGUGGAUAUAUUGGUGGUCAUUUUGAUCAUCAUUUGGAUGAGAUGGAUAUAGAUGAAGAUAAUGGCGGUCCUUCCAGUGAUCCUACAAGCAGUGCAUCAGAUUCUUCAAGCUCUCAGCGAAGAAUUCACAGAAGGAGGAAGAGAAUCACACUUUUUCAUUGGUCAUACUAA